UUUCCCGACCUUGGGUUGCGCUGGUGGCGCUGCGCAGUCCACCCGCUGCGGUCAUGUCCGUGUUGACGCCACUGCUGCUGAGGGGCCUGACGGGCCCGGCCCGGCGGCUUCUGGUGCCGCGCGCCCAGGUCCAUUCCAAGCCGGCGCGGGAGCAGCUCGGGACCAUGGAUGUCGCUGUUGGGCUCACCUCCUGCUUCCUGUGUUUCCUCCUGCCGUCGGGCUGGGUCCUGUCACACCUGGAGAGCUACAAGAAGCGGGAGUGAAGGGAGCUGACCUCUCCCUCACCCUGUGACCUGACCACCCCUGGCCUGUCCUCAUCAUGUCUGCUGCAUUCCUGGCUGGCCUCCCCUGGAUCACGUCCUUCUGUUACAGUGACCUUUUCUGCAAUCAUGACCUCUCGAUUCCUCCGUGGAGACCUCCUGGGACCACGUGUAUCUGUUUAUGAGGCCCUGCUCAGUAGGGGCCCCCUUGUAACAAUAAAGUCUAUUUAAACCUUG